GAAGAUGUAUUCGAUUCGAUGUAUUUUUGUUUCACUUAACCAUAUAUUUCUUUAUUGCCACAGUAAUAUUGCCCUCUUGGAUCUUACAAUUUAGAAUUAAUUAGGACAUUCUACAGCACAUAACCAGAAUAAGAAAAGUUGUGAAGAAAUUUAACUUAUAUAUUAUUACCUACUGUACAGAUUCCAAGAGUGGAAUACAUUGUAUACAAUGACUGUAACAAAAGAGACAUUUGGUCAACUGCAAGAAAAAUAUGAUAAAGUUAUUAAACUGCUGGAAGAUAGUAAAAUUAGAUCCUGAAACUGAACCAUUUUUAUCAAAAUAUUCCGCUAGGCAAAUUUUGAUCGGUAUGAAAGCGCAAAUUGAAAGUUUGUUAAGGGGCCAAGGGAUGGAAGAAUCUUGUCAAAAAAAGUUAAAUGCCAUGCUAGGUACUGUUUAUUUGUAUCUGGGUAUGAUAUCACUUGAUACAGGAGAAGUUUCUAUGGGUAAAACUAAUCUUGAAAAAUGCAAAGAAAUAAUAGAAAAAUUUCAAAUGGAACCAGAUUUUAUAUUAAUAGCACUCAAUAUGUAUAACCAGUACGGAAUAAUGCUAUCAGUUAAUGAACCAAAAAGUUCGAAAUUAUAUUUGGAUAUAGCUGAAAAUUUAUAUGCGGACUUUAAAAGAAAAGGUGCGAAUCCAAUUGAUAUUAGUGAUUUAUUUCAAUUAAAUAAUGAAUCACAUAAUGUGGAAAUUGGUUUACAAAAUUUGGAAAAAAUACACACACUCACAUUAUAUUAUUUAGCUCAGAUAUUUGGCGCAAUGCAAGAUGCUUUAAGAAGUUCAGUGUAUUGUCAUUUAACUUUAAAAAAACAAUUAGAAAUGAGUGACUAUGAUCCUAUUGAUUGGGCAUUGAAUGCAGCAACAUUAUCCCAAUUUUUUAUGGAAAAAAAUUGUUUUAAACAAGCACGGCAUCAUCUAGCAGCAAGUUUGUUUAUUCUUGAUGAACAUAAGAAACAGUUGGAUUUUAAUAAAGAAGAAACUGAAGCUUACAAUGCCCAAUUAGAGACUUACAAUCAUAGGAGUGCUGAUGUUGCAAGAUGUUGGUUAAAAUAUGGAAUAAUUCUACUUUCAAAAUCGAAAGAACGACUUUUGAAUCAUACUGAUGACAUUACUGAACACUGUUCUCUCUCGACAAAUUUUUCAGAUCUGAAUAUUAAUUUUGAGGGUAAUCUGUCCAGAUAUGAUUUAAAAAAUUUAAUAUUUAGUGAUCUUAAUAUAUCAAGUUAUGAACAAGAAAUAACGGAUCAGUUCAUAUUAGUUCUACCCGACGCAAAGAAAGUAUUUUUGCAUUCUCAAAUGUGGGCCAACAAAGCUCAAGAAUAUUACACUUUAGAAACUCUAGCAUCUGAUUUCAUAGAAAUAGUAUUAGAUCAAACACAGUUAUAUUAUAAUCUAAUAUUCUUUGAAGAUGAUCCAGAGAAUCAAGCUAAAUUGCACAAACGGAGGAUAAAACUUCUUGAAAACGUCAUUGCGAAUGUAAAUUCUCAAUAUUAUCUACAAUAUUGUAGGCAAGUUUGGUUUGAAUUAGCUAGAACUUAUGCCGAUAUUUUAGAUAUAAAAUAUGAUAAAUUAAGAGAUACAAAAUCCCGACCUACUCCACAUAGUCUCUCAAAAAUAAACCACUUAGUCGAUAAUGGUAUUAAUCAUUAUACAAACUUUAUAAAUUCUUUUAAAGAUAAAGUCACAGAAGUAUUACCAGAAAAAAUUCCGGAUGAUGUUGAAAGGCCAUUCCUUCAAGCAUACUUUCAUAAAGCUGCUUUAUACGGAAGAUAUGUAUCUCUUGACAAAGAAGUGCAGUUAAAAAACACCGAAUUAAGCUUAGAGUGCUAUAAAUAUAUUUAUGAUUAUUGUGAAAAACAUAAGAAAAGUAAAGAACUCAUUGCCAUGGAAUAUGGUAUUUGCAAGGAGAUGGUUACUUUGUUACCCGUAAAAAUACUCAAAUUGAAAAAUUCCUAAGCUUCUAUCUUUCAAGUUAAAAACUGUGUCUUGUUUACUGGAUCCUAGUCAUAAUAAGAAAAUAUCUUGCUUCGUGUAUAAUAAGAGAGUUUUGUCAAUAAUCAUUAAUAAAUACAAUUGUUUAUUG